UGGCUUGGAAACGUUUAAUUUUCUACAAGUGUGUUCCUAGUGUUGUCAUCAGAUGACAUUAAAAUACAUACGAUUCUUGUUUUCAUUGACAAGGAAAUUUUUGACAAUUUUUUAACAAAUGCAUGCAUUUAUAAAUUUUGUUUUUUGAAAAGUAAAUAUAAAUAUGCUAGAUUUAAGUUUUCAAGAGUUUUCUCUCUUUAGGUCUAAGUCGUCGCUGGGGAAGACCGUUUCGCUAGAUGCCCAAGAUGAGUCGAGCCGUCCCACGUUACCCCGCGUUCAGGAACAGAGGGAAGAGGAAAGAAAAUUAACCGAAUCCCCCCGAGCAAUUCAAUCUUCAUUUUAUGGACGCCUUUCAGCAUCCAGACGACCUGAGCCCCAACCAGAACCCAAAGAAGAACCAAAAGUAGAAGAGGAAGACGAAGAUGAAGAUGAAAGUGAAGAAUCUGAAAGCGAAUCAGAAUCCGAAAGUGAAGAGAGCAGUAGUGAAUCGAGCGAAAGUGAGAAAGUGGAAGAGAAAAAAACAACGGAAACUCAAGAAAAUUCUUCUUCCACCUCUUCGGAAUCGGAAGAGGAGGAACAAGAGGAACGAAGUCCUACGCCUCCACCGCCAGCACGCAGCACAGAAUCGAAAAGAGAAAGCAGAGAUUACAAUAAUGUCGACACUAAUCACGUAUCAACUCGAAAUAGUUAUUCCAGUUACAGUAGAAGCAACGAUGUCGAUUCCAGAAAUUCUUACGGCAAUGAUAUUGAUUCUAGAAGUUCUUAUAGCAAUGAUAUCGAUUCCAGAAAUUCUUACAGAAGCAAAUGGUGGGAAAAAGAUAAGAAAGAUGAUUACGUGCCACGAUAUUUAAGUAAUCCCUUAGGUAGACGUAAAAGCACAUAUGACGAAGAUGAAGAAGAGACCAGGCCCUAUAGCAGAUUUUUGGCACGUAGUCGCAGUUCUGCAUUACUUGGUAAAGAAGACAGUCCCCCAGAAGAUACAGGACGUUACAGAAGAUAUAGUACAGCAGCAGCAAAUCUACGCAGAAAUAGAAUUGCAAAAAGUAAAAGUAGCCAUGACAUCGGUUUUGGUGAAGAGAGCGCGGAGGAUGAUGUACCAUCAACGCCUACUUAUGGAAGAUCGAGUAGAACGUCCGAAAAUUCGAUAUCUAGGAGCAGAAGCCACCAUGCUAUUAAAUCUAGAGAGCCUAGUCCAGAAGAAGAUGAUCGUCUUUCGUGGUCAAAAUAUCUCAGAAACAAAUAUGGGACUGGGAGUAAUAGCACGUCGAGGAAUGUUUCACGCAGCAAAAGUUCUCAUGCAAUAUAUUCUCGAAGUGCUAGUGAAAAUAGCUCAGAAGAUGAAUAUGUUCCAAUAAAUUCCCGCAGGAAAGAAAGCAUUGGAAGAGUCAAAGACUCUUAUCUCUUCUCUAAUCCAAGAAGCACUUACGUACAAAAGAAAAGAAUGGUGAUGAAAAUCGGAACUCGUGGCACAGAUCCUGGAAAGUUUACAUGGCCUCGUGGUGUAUCUAUCGGUCCAGAUAACAUCAUCGUUGUAGCGGACAGCAGUAACCAUCGAGUUCAGGUUUUUGAUCAUAAUGGUAAAUUCUUACAAGAAUUCGGAAGUUAUGGUAGUGCUGAAGGGGAAUUCGAUUGCUUAGCUGGAGUAGUAGUCAACAGAAUAGGCCAAUUUAUCGUUUCUGAUCGAUACAAUCAUCGAAUUCAAGUAUUCGAUCCUUCUGGACGAUUCCUGCGAUCCUUUGGUUGUGAAGGUCGAAGUGAUGGACGUUUCAGCUAUCCAUGGGGAAUCACAACAGAUAGCCUCGGUUUUAUAUACAUUUGCGACAAGGAGAAUCACAGAGUCCAGGUAUUCCAAUCAGAUGGUACAUUCGUUGGUAAAUUUGGCACUAUUGGUACAAGACCAGGACAGCUCGAACAUCCUCAUUAUAUAGCCGUUACAAAUACGAAUAGGGUUGUCGUCAGUGAUACAAAUAACCAUCGAGUUCAAGUGUUCGAUGUUAAUGGCCGCAGUUUGUCCACGUUUGGUACCGAAGGAUCCGAAGAAGGACAGUUUAAAUUUCCUAGAGGCAUUGCAGUUGAUGAUCAAGGUUAUAUUAUAGUUGGAGACAGUGGAAACAAUAGGAUACAAAUUUUCCAUCCUGACGGUACAUUCCUUAAGUCAUUUGGCACUUGGGGAUCUUCCGACGGAGAAUUUAAGGGACUCGAAGGAAUUGCUGUCACAUCCAGCGGGAAUAUUUUUGUUUGUGAUAGAGAGAAUCACAGGAUCCAGAUGUUUUGAGUACAGAAGUUAUAGAACUUAAUCAUUAUCACUUCCUCUAUAGAUGUAUAAAAGUUAUGAAUUUAUUUAAUAAUCCUUUAAUGAUAUAGUUACAAAAAAAAAUAUAUAUGUGUAUAUUUAUAAUUAAAAAUUUUCUAUUAUAAACGACGAUAAACUUUUAAC